GAGCCGUUUUCACACUAACUCAGAUCAUUGGACAGUCCCAUAUUCUCCCUCCAUUAAGGCAUCUUUCUACCUUUUGGGCUGAACAGAAAUUCCUCCAGAACCCAGUGGGGCGACAUGGACAUGAAAAAGAGGAUUCAUUUGGAGCUGAGGAACAGGACACCAUCUGAUGUACGAGAACUUGUCCUUGACAACUGCAGAUCAAAUGAAGGGAAAAUUGAAGGCCUCACAUCAGAAUUUGUUAAUCUCGAAUUUCUAAGUUUGAUAAAUGUUGGUCUACUUUCAGUUUCCAACCUUCCUAAACUUGGAAAACUUAAAAAGUUGGAACUCAGUGACAACAGAAUUUCUGGUGGCCUUGAUGUUUUAGCUGAAAAACUCCCCAAUCUCACACAUCUAAAUCUAAGUGGAAACAAACUGAAGGACAUCAGCACACUGGAACCCUUGAAAAAACUUGACCAUUUGAAGAGUCUUGACCUUUUCAAUUGUGAGGUCACAAACUUGAAUGACUACCGGGAAAGUGUCUUCAAGCUUCUUCCACAGCUCGCAUAUCUGGAUGGCUACGACAUGGAUGACCAAGAGGCCUCAGACUCUGACGGGGAAGCUGAUGGAGUCGAUGAUGAUGAGGAAGAUGAGGAUGGAGAGGAGGAAUUUGAUGAAGAGGAAGAUGAUGAUGAUGAUGAAGAUGAGGUUGAAGGAGAGGAGGAUGAUGAGGAUGUCAGUGGAGAGGAUGAGGAGGAAGACUUUGGCCAGGAGGGAGAGGUAGAUGAUGAGGAUGAUGACGACGACGAGGAUGAUGAAGAAGAAGAGCAAGGAGGAAAGGGUGAGAAGAGAAAAAGAGAAGCGGACGAUGAAGAUGAUGAUGAUGAUGAGGAGGAUGAUUAAGUGCCGAUGACCAACUCUGUUACUCCUUCCCUCCCUUUCCUUUUCAAAAACUUGGCUAUCCCAUCAACCUUUCUACCCCUCCACAACUCUCCCCUUUUCCACACGCCAAGCUCCCUAUGGGGGCAAGACUGUUUCGGACGAGUGGAGCAUGUGGAUCUGUUCAAAUUAAGCCUGCGAGCUUUAUGAGAGCCUUCUGAAUCAGUGGCUUACUCAGCAAUCCACUCUCAAGCCGCUGCCCAUUUGCGUUUCAAAACCUGUGAGGACUUUGGGGACUGGUAUUUAGUUUUGGGUCUGUGCUUUUAAUAUUUUGUUGAAAAUGUUCUUUUUUUCCUCCCCUUUUUUGACGUUUUCUCUCCCUUUAGUUUUUGUUCCAAUAUUCCCAAUAAGAUUGCUAUAGCAACUGUGUAACAAGCGAGCCAUCAUUUUAGUGUGGCAGCCUGUGGCACAAUUCAAGGUUGUCGCUACAUUUUUACUUUAUGUAAGAUGAAAACAAACUUUGUAAAUAAAAUAACAUUUUGUGCUUU